CUGAGCCAGCAGCGACGCGCGGGGCGCGCGGAGAUGGCAGCGUCCAGCAACUCCAGCCUGUCCGGCUCCUCGGUGUCCUCGGAUGCUGAAGAAUACCAGCCUCCAAUAUGGAAAUCGUACUUAUAUCAGUUACAGCAAGAGGCCCCUCGUCCCAAGAGGAUCAUUUGUCCUGGGGAGGUGGAGAACAGACCAAAAUAUUAUGGAAGAGAGUUUCAUGGGAUCAUCUCCCGGGAGCAGGCAGACGAGCUUCUCGGAGGCGUGGAGGGUGCCUACAUUCUUAGAGAAAGCCAACGCCAGCCAGGAUGCUACACGUUAGCUCUAAGGUUUGGAAACCAGACUUUAAACUACAGGCUCUUCUAUGAUGGAAAACACUUCGUGGGCGAGAAGAGAUUUGAGUCGAUUCACGAUCUGGUCACAGACGGCUUGAUAACACUGUACAUAGAAACAAAAGCUUCUGAAUACAUUUCCAAAAUGACAACAAACCCCAUUUACGAGCACAUUGGAUAUGCCACUCUGCUCAGAGAAAAAGUAUCCAGGAGGCUGAGCAGGUCGAAAAACGAAUCAAGGAAAACAAGCGUCGCAAAUGAAGAACACACGGCGGUUGAAAAGAUCUCGUCCCUGGUCCGAAGGGCCGCCCUCACGCACAACGACAACCACUUCAACUAUGAGAAGACACACAACUUCAAGGUCCACACGUUCCGAGGCCCGCACUGGUGUGAAUACUGUGCCAACUUCAUGUGGGGGCUCAUCGCCCAAGGGGUUCGGUGCUCAGACUGUGGAUUGAACGUACACAAACAGUGUUCCAAGCACGUUCCCAACGACUGUCAACCUGAUCUCAAGAGGAUCAAGAAGGUAUACUGUUGUGACCUCACAACACUCGUAAAGGCUCACAACACUCAGAGGCCCAUGGUGGUGGACAUAUGCAUACGGGAAAUCGAAGCAAGAGGAUUGAAGUCGGAAGGUCUUUACAGAGUCUCUGGGUUCACCGAACACAUUGAAGAUGUCAAAAUGGCAUUUGACAGAGACGGUGAAAAGGCAGAUAUAUCUGCCAACAUCUAUCCAGACAUAAACAUCAUCACUGGAGCCCUUAAACUGUACUUCAGAGACUUACCCAUUCCUGUUAUCACCUAUGACACCUAUCCCAAAUUUAUCGAAGCAGCGAAAAUCUCCAAUGCAGACGAGAGGCUGGAAGCUGUCCAUGAAGUGCUGAUGCUGCUGCCUCCCGCCCACUAUGAGACCCUCCGGUACCUGAUGAUCCACCUCAAGAAGGUGACUUUGAAUGAAAAGGACAAUUUCAUGAAUGCUGAAAAUCUGGGGAUCGUGUUUGGACCCACCCUGAUGAGGUCCCCUGAGGACAGCACCCUCACCACCCUCCAGGACAUGCGGUACCAAAAGCUGAUUGUGCAGAUUUUAAUAGAAAAUGAAGAUGUUUUGUUUUAAUCCACCGGGGAAAUGAGCUGAAUGGCCCCAGCCCCAUCUAAGUUGAUAAGGCUAAAGGAAUAAAAGCAUUUCUUACGCUUGA